GGAGGAGCGGAGACGGUAAUCCCCCCCACCCCCCUCACCCUCAGUCCACCCACCCCACCCCUCUCCAAAACCCAGAGACCGGAGGCAGGAGGGGAACAAAACCUCGCGGGACACCUGUGCGGCUGGAUACCCCCUCCUCCCUUUCUGGGUCUUUGUGAUUUUAGAUCGAGGCUAAAUUCACACCCAGACUGUGGAUGAACAUGAUGGGAAGCGGUGAUGAUUAAAGACGGGGAUGUAGACGCGGAAACAAGCGGCCAAAUCUGACUCGAUUGACGGUGACGGAGCGGACGGCGGCGGCACCAGCAGCAGCACCAGCAGCAGCAGCAUCAGCAUCAGUCGGUCGGCGGAUUGAGAUACGUUGUGAAGGCGGAGGGAUGAUGAUGAUGAUGAUGAUGAUAUAGCAGGUGCUGCAGGGUCGUGCCGCAUUGCCUGGCCGCCGCGAGCGACGCCGGGGAGACGGUGAUGCUGUCGUCGUCAUUGUGCCACAGAGAGAGUGAGAGAGAGAGAGAGAGAGAGAGAGAAAGAGAGGAGAGGCAUUGACAUGGAGGGAAGCGGCUGUCUGUCGGCGCUGAGCUCAGGCCGCCCGGAUCAGCAGGUUAGAUGCUCCGCCUGAAGUCCGGAGGACCUGAUUCAUGAUCCGCUUGGUGGGAAAAAAUAUGAUAAAAGUUGAAUUUUUGAAGAUGGAAUUGAAAUGCUUGUGUGCGUAAAAGUGAAUGGCCCAUAUGUUGAUAAUGCAUCAUAGGAGCAUCAUAGCAGCAGCGUCUGUGCCAGUUCAGGGUGGAUUACGUCUACAGAGCAGCAGGCCUCCAUCUGAAGUCAGCUUCUGAUCAGGAAACCGUAAAGAAAAUCAUUUAAUACUCCUACCCCCCCCCCCCCCCCCCCCCCCCCCCCCCCCCCCCCUGUUGCUGGAGGUAACUAUUUAUUCAGUUGUUUCACUGGAAGCUGGUGUGGUGUGGUCCCCCGUGGAGGGACAGCUGUUGCAAAAGAUGACUCACUUACAGGCUGGCCUCUCUCCAGAGACCCUGGAGAAGGCCAAGGUGGAGCUGAAAGAGAACCCGGAGACUUUACACCAGGACAUCCAGGAGGUCCGGGACAUGAUCAUCACCCGGCCGGACAUCGGUUUCCUCAGGACAGACGACGCGUUUAUCCUCAGAUUCCUCCGGGCGAGGAAAUUCAACCACUUCGAGGCGUUCCGGCUGCUGGCACAGUAUUUUGAGUACCGACAGCAGAACCUGGACAUGUUCAAGAACCUGAAAGCCACGGACCCGGGCAUCAAGCAGGCUCUGAAGGAUGGUUUCCCCGGCGUGCUCUCCAAUCUGGACAGAUACGGCAGGAAAAUACUGGUCCUAUUCGCAGCCAACUGGGACCAGAGCAGAUACACAUUCGUGGACAUACUGAGGGCCAUCUUGCUGUCGCUGGAGUCUAUGAUUGAAGAUCCAGAGCUGCAGGUCAACGGCUUCAUCCUCAUCAUCGACUGGAGUAACUUCACCUUCAAACAGGCGUCCAAACUGACUCCCAGCAUGCUGCGGCUGGCCAUCGAGGGGCUGCAGGACAGUUUUCCUGCCAGAUUUGGAGGGAUCCACUUUGUGAACCAGCCGUGGUACAUCCACGCUCUCUACACCGUCAUUCGACCCUUCCUCAAAGACAAGACCAGGAAGAGGAUCUUCAUGCACGGUAACAACCUGAACAGCCUCCACCAGCUGAUCCACCCUGAGAUCUUACCGUCGGAGCUCGGCGGGAUGAUGCCGCCGUAUGACAUGGGCACGUGGGCGCGAACGCUGCUGGACCACGCCUACGACGAGGAGACCGACUACUGUCCGGAGUCCUACACCCUGUCAGUACAAGACCUGGAGAGAGACCUGGAGAAAAACCUGUCCCCGAAAACCAUGAAGAGGUCUCAGUCGGUGGUGGAGCCGGGCGUCCUCAAACGACCUGACAAAGUCAAGAGUGAGGAAGACAACAUGCAGCCGCUGCUCUCGCUGGACUAAACAACACAUACACAGCUCCAAAAAAAAAAAAAAAUCAUACCCAGAUCAAUAUUUACACACAGAAAUACUCUUAACAAGACUUACCUGUGCACACACUGUAAGCGACACACACACACACGCCCUGAACGACACACUCCUCCAGAGAAUGCUGCUGCUGCUGCUGCUGCUGCUGCUGUUGGAUUCUUGUUUCUCUUGAACUGUUGAGCAGAUGUGAGGCAGACAAAUGGCCAGAGACGAGAGGGACGUUUCCCCCGGACUGAAGGGCGUCUUAAGAGCUACUGAUGGUGUUCUAUAUAUUUAUUUAUUUUAGUUAUUUGUCAAGUGCCAAUUCCAAAAAACUGUAAAUUAACGUCUUUAAACAAUCCAGCCCCUCGGUGCGGAGGAACAGGGAAGUCGUGGAGGUGCCACAUAAAUGAGAAAAACAGUGUUUCCCCACAGUUGUGUAUUAUAUGGGUGAUGAGAGAUGCGGGAAACUGGAAACCAUAUUUCAAAGAAGGCUCGGGGCUAUGAUUCUUUUUUCUUCUUCUUCUUCUUCUUUGUACAUAAUUUGAAGAAAACGCCUCGCACGGGCGCAACGGCGGCUCAGGAUUAGCAGAAGCGACGAUAUUGAGUUUGUUCAACCUCCUGGACCCAAACUGGCAGACCAGCAGUUGGUUUACUGGGAGUUCACUGGGAGUUAACUGGGCGUUAACUGGGGGGGGGGGGGGUGUUGGGGCGGGGGGGUGGCAUCUUUCCUGUGAAAAUAAUGUCUGAACUAUCAGCCUCGCUCCACUUAUCUCUUGGAAAAGCAAACCCCCCUUUACGGCAAGAGUUGGCUCUAUGAAUUAUCUGCUUUUUCCUUUCGGCCAUUUUCUCUCUUUUCCCUGACCCACGUGUCACAGAGGACAGAAUCUCUCCUGCCAUUAGGACAGACACAAAGCUGCAGGCUGCUCUUUAAACCAUGACUCAAGUCUUUGUUUGGCUGAAGAUGACCAAAAGAUAUAUUUUCAGAAACUAAUGGAUAGGAUGUCUAACCAAAUAAAUAAGGCUAAAUUAAAAAAAAAAAAAAAAAAAAAAAAAAAGGGCAAGUGUAUCACCUCCUCCUGUUACUUUGUGGCGCAUUUGUUAUAUUUUUAGCAAUAAUAAUCUCAAAUGUUGAAACAUUACCACAGAAAAGAAAACAGUGUUUUCCUUUGACUAGAGUUGAUUUAAGUAUAAGAUUUAAAGAAUUAGGCGUUAAAGGACUGUAGUGUUAUUUUUGCAUGUUAUAGACAUGUUGUUUAAAUCACAUGUACAUUUACACACUUAUCCGAGGAUAGAUUUGGUAUCUUUGCAUUCAUUUACCUACAUUAUUGGUGUUACGCAGUUGAGAAUCAAAAAGUAUUGAUUUGCAUUUCGACUCAAGGGUCACUUUCUAGCUUUUUUCCAGACCUCUCACCCACAUCUCGUUCAGCUAGUAAUUUACAGAUUUGCCUGAAGGUUUUAGGCCUCGUGUGCUAUCACGUGAUAACGUUAGGAAAGCUAGUUUCCAGGGGAUUUUUGAAUGGAGGAAGAAAAUUCACAUUUUUGCUUUUUGGCUCCGUAGCUUCAUUACUGCAGACUCUUAAAGGUGCAGUGCAAGUUUGUGACCACGAGCAGCGCUGUGGAGCAAUGUUACAAAUGGGUCGCUGUCGCAUGUCGGUAUCAGGUGAUGUGAUUCAAAUUCCUGCCAUGAGUUUCUUACUCUGAUUCCACAAAUGGACAGAUGGCAUUUUAUUUCUAGAGUGUUAUUUUACGUAUUUAAAGUACAGUAUUUUAUUAUAAUUACAGUCAGAGUUUGGUUUAGGUUCAGCAGUUAGAGAAGCUGCUGCUGCAGUGUAGAUACAGUAGGAUAGUUAAAAUGACAGAGCCACUAUUUUCUGUUUCCACUUCUUCUCGGUGUGAAAGUGGCACCAGCCGAAGGUGUUCGACGCAGGUUAGGUUCUUCCAAAUCAAACAUUCGCCACGGGUUUAUGUUGUGAAAUGCAAAAGGUAUGACAACCGAAUGUUCAGGGGGUAGACGGGCCAAUGGAUGGGGGGAAAAAAAACUGCCACUCUGACGAGCAGGGCGGCAGAAGAAGAAAACCCAGUCAGGCUGGCAAACAGACAGACAGCCGAGCACAUCACAGAACGGCCGGCAGGCAGGAAGUGUGAGGUGGCCGGCCGCAACGAGAGCAGACAGCUGGAAUGUUAAACUAUCACACCAGCGUACAUGACAUGUCAACCCCACUUACAACAGGCUCACAGGCUGUACCCUGCGCAGAGUCGAGUGGUUUUACCCCCUUUGGCUCAGCGUGAUCUGUCUGGUUCCACCGCAGUUUAAAUCAGAGUUAGAGGGAGAUAAUCUGCCACGUGACGCCGAUACUGUGACUACGAGAUCAGGCAGUUGGUGCAGUCCUCAGAGAGCUGCAGAGAAACAGUCAGGGAAACCUGUUAGCUUCGUUUUAUUUACUCGCAUUACAGGAAGAUUCCAGUGUAAUUUCAUUUUAAAUCAUCAUUUAUCUGUUGAUACUGGUGUGAGUUUUCACUACUUCCUGGUGAGUCACCUUGAAACAAGAACCCAGGAUGAUGCACAAGAUGGCGUCACACAGGAUAUAAUGUUAAGAGAGGACGCUCUGAGCCUCUUUCUGAUUGGCUGACUGUUUUCUGCAUGAUGGAAUGAAAACAUUGCAGAUUUCAGCUAAACACUCAGAGAAACCAAAUCCGGCAAGGUUGGAUAGUGGGUCCAGGUGGGCGGGGCUUGGUGACUACUUUGUUGUGAGAUCACAAAGUUACAGAAGUCCUGACGGCUGGUGUUAAGUCUCAGUUUCUGAAUACAGGCUGUGUGCAUUUCUCUGUGGACUGAGGCUUUGAUACUUUCACUGGAUUAAUAUAGAAGCCAGACCUGCUUUAUAAUCAAACUACACAUGGUAAUCUCCUUUAAGAGUUGAGUGUAAUUUCAUUUUAAAUUCUCAUUAUAGUGAUGGAUAUUUCUAGAUUCCUAGCAUCAGUUUUCUCGGCUGAAUGAGGGCGUUCUCCAGCUGUAAACUCAGCUAACAUUUUAAUGUUCACGGCUGGUUUUUGCUUUAAAACAAGAAAAAGAUUUUUCUUCGUCAUAUUGUGCUAAAAGAGGCUGAAGCUCAUUUUCUUUGCAAUAUAUUUUAGAAAGAUUGUCUUGUGAAACUCGUCCCGGUGACCUCUCAGUGCUUGUGAUUGCGGUAAAGAAAUAAUUUGGGAUAGAGAUGAUGGAAAAUUACACUGGAAUUAUCCUGUGGACCUGCAGACAGCAGCAGGCGUGUCAUCAGCCUAGCAAGCAGCUGAAACAAUAAAUGAACAUGUGUUCUUGUAUAUUACAACCUUGUUUCCUUUGUUUAAACGACCUAAUGUGUCAGGUUUCAGUCUCCUCCGACUUUGUUGUACCUGGGUUCAAAUUCAUUUGUUCAUACAGCUGAUUACAAACAACUUAACUAUAUUGCAUCAACAUCAUUUUAUAUCAGUGGUUCUCAAGCUUUUUCACAUCAAGGACCCUGAACUGACACACACUAGACCACAGACCCCCAUCUGUUGAGAUUUCUGCUUUUUAGAUGUUUUAUUACACAAAGUGAAACCCAUGAACAAAAUAGUCAAACAUUCUGUCAUGGUGUUACUUAUGGAUGGAAUUAUAGUGAAAAUAAAUGAUUCCCCUUUUUGCUGCCCACUUUGAGAACCACUGUUUUAUAUCUAUUGAGAUAGUAGCUGCAACCUUUAAUUAAAAAUUCCACAAUCGCCACAAUUCUACUGAAACAGGAAAAUGUUUCUGUAACAUUAGUUAAUAAGUGUGAUUUUAUAUCCAGGUAUACAAAGGAACUGCAUUCAUAUGUUCAGUGUGUGUGUAGAACAUCUGGACAGAUCAACGAUGAGUGAACAAACACUUGGGUCCUUGUACCUGUUUAAAUCAAUCAAUCAUUUUGACAGUGAGACUGUAAAGAGACCGUGGGGUCGAAGGUGGAACCAGAAAACCAUGUUCAUCGUGUGUUUCACAAUGAUUUCACACCUGAGAUCAGUUUUUCACAGCGACAACACACAUACAGUAAAAUAGUUUUCAGGAUUAACGGAUACAUUUUCAUCAGUGUCGGUGAAUCAGGAGGAAAAUGUGAAGGAAAACACACAUUAGUACCAUAAAACAGGGAAACACACACUCACACACAGCCACUGUAGAUGCUUCCAGUUGAUAGGAUAUAAAGUUUACAUGUAAUAAACAUCUGUAUACUGCUUGAAUAUAUGAAACGGAGUUUAUCUGAAUCUCCGGCAGGAUUAUUUUGAAGGCUGAGGUGUCGGCGGCUGCUUUGUUCUGUUGUAAAACUUAUUGUACGUAGAGGAAAUUAAAACACAGUGGUGAAGAGUUUUAAUUUUAUUACAGAUAUCCUUUAUCCGGUGAUGCUUAGUGCUUUACCACACAUUUAAGAUUUUUUAAAUGUUUCUGUUUUUGUCAGUAUUUUAUUGAAAUUGCUAUCGACCUUGUUUAUCACACAGGGGACAGACUGGUAUAUGUUGUAUGAAUUGUAAACAGAGUUAUGACGUUAGAAUUUGUUUUUAUUUAAGGAAUUCAGCAUUUUGAAUGUUAUUUCUGUGUUGUUGUUAUGUCUCUCCUGCUGACUUCAGGUCAAAGUAUUGUUGAAUACAUUUCAGAGACUUACUGUAACAGACCAGUUUAAACGGCUUUCACAUUUUAAAAACCCACCCAGGAGCCAUGAUUUAACCAUCUCAACAAAUCAGAGCACUGAUGAUUCAUUUCUCAGCUGGAGACUGCGCAUCCUUUCACAUUCAUGAUAACAGUUGAUUGUGAACUUACAGGAGUUGAUGUAAACACGUCCAUUUUUCACACCAGUCUAUAUGACAGGAAAUGUAAAGUCUGCACAUAUGCAAAAAUCAGAGGAAUUUUAGCUUAUUAACAAAAUAAAAACAAAUGCCUGACUGUGUGUGAAUCUACAGCAGCCCUGAAGGACAAAUUUGUCAGCAGUCUGACAUGACGCUGUCAUUAUUUGCAACUCACAAAUUAAGUGGACUUUAUUUUUCCUCUCUGACUUAGUGAUUGCUUUGUGGAUGUGUUUAAUACUCUACAGCGUUUUUAUACAUAUUCAUUUUGACUUUAUCUUCAUUGCUUUAAAGCUCCAUAUUUUCCUCUUCUUCUGUGUUUUAUUUGAAGUGUUGAUCCAUAAGAAGAUAUAUUUGUGGUUUUAAGAACCAAACACCAUCUCAGUGUAGUUUUACAUCUCCUCUCUCAGGCUUCUCUCUGGAGCUCUAGUAACAACGGGUCAGUGAACCAAUCAGAACAGAGGUGGCUCUGAGCCUCUCUUCUGAUUGGCUGACUGUUUUCUGAUUGAUCGAAUAAAUAUGUAGCAGAUUUCAUGUAAACAUGCAGAGAAACCAUAUCCUGUAAGGGUAGAUGGUGGGUCCAGGUGGGCGGGGCUUGGGCAUGGCUGAGACUGCUUUGUUGUGACAUCACAAAGUUCCAGAAGUCCUGACAGUUCAUUUUAAGGCUCAGUGUCAGAAUACAGGCUGUGUGCAUUUCUCUGUGGAUUGAGGCUUUGAUACUUUCACAGUAUUAAUAUAGAACCCGGACCUGAUCUAUAAUCACACUAAACAUUGGAAAUUUCACUUUAUACAAUAUAGGACCUUUAAACAGCUACAAUUAUUCACCAAUUGACCUCCAUGAUGGUGCCAAAUGUGGUUCACAGGAUAUUUGUGAUAAAGAAAACAAAAACACACACACACACACACACACACACACACACACACACACACACAGCUUUUCUCCAAGUUUAAAUCCCAGUUUGAAACAUACACAGUAAAUGGGGAAUUUGUGACAGGACAGUUUGGCAGAUUGUAGAAGAGAGGACAUGACCAUCAUCCGUGUGCACAUGUAGUGUUUCCAUUCAUCUGCUUCAUAUCGUUCAACACAACAAUGGUUCAAAAAAGGGAAGAAGUCGACCUAAAUGUCUGCUUUCGUUGACAUAAAUCUCAGCCUUUCUGUGCCUGUGAGUUUGACAGGAAACCUGAACUUCACCGACUGACAUUAUUAUGUUUUUUCCAGUUAACAGACUAACAACAAACUGGCAGCUGUAUAGAUCAGUUAGAACUGAAAUGAAGAAUGAGGAGAUUAACAAACGCACGCUCUGUAAAUCAUUUCUGACCUAAAAAAAAAAUUAAAUGAUUACUUAUUUACUUAUAUCUGAUUUACUAAUAAGCUCUUUUCUUCACAAUAAUUCACCAUGUUGUGUGUGUAAUCCACUCUUUAUAAUUAGACUAAGCAGAUUCAUUUCUCACUUACUUUUUCCUUCAUCUCAGCCAAAGCCGCCUCUUCAAUCCAAAAUCUAAUGUAUUGUUUCUAAUCAUCAAGUGUUUGUGCUUUGACGAUUUGGACACUGAAUGACAUUUUUUUUAAAUGAUUGAUAAUCUUUUCUGAAAAUGAAUGCAUUACUUUCAGUUGUGAUAUAUUUAUUGAUUUUCAUAUCACUGUUCUUUGAUUGUAUAGUUGCGGUACAUAUAGGAGCUGUAGGGAGACCAAACUGAAAAACUGAGUUGUGAAGUCAUUAUGGAAAGCCAGUAUGUUAUAGAAGCAAAAAGCUGUUUCAGUUAGCAGGUGUUAAAUGUCAUAUAAAUGUCCUCAAAGACAAUUUGCUGAACUGCAUUAUGUAAAACGAGCAAAAUAAAUAUGGACACACGUAGAUUUUC